AAACAAAAAUUAUCAAAAGUGAAUCAUUUUCAUAUGUCAAUGACAAAUCUGCGAAUAAAUGUUAGUGUUGGUCACAUUGAUACAUUCUUUGCAUUGAAUCUUCAGCAAACGUGUUGAGGUGUUGAGAUUCUACUAAGUAUUUUCUGAAGCAAAAAUGCCGAAAAAUAAAGGAAAAGGAGGUAAAAACAGGCGUCGUGGAAAGAAUGAAAAUGAAAGUGAAAAGCGUGAGCUUGUGUUCAAGGAAGAUGGCCAGGAAUAUGCCCAAGUAACUAAAAUGCUCGGAAAUGGAAGGUUGGAAGCGAUGUGCUUCGAUGGUACGAAACGUCUUUGUCAUAUUCGAGGAAAACUUAGGAAGAAGGUCUGGAUUAAUCAAGGUGAUAUUAUAUUAAUUGGAUUGAGAGAUUAUCAAGAUGCGAAAGCUGAUGUGAUUUUAAAAUACACCCCCGAUGAAGCCCGUAACCUCAAGACAUACGGCGAGUUCCCAGAAACGGUGCGCAUUAAUGAAACUGUUACUUUCGUUGAAGACGGAUUCGAUGAGGAUAUUGAAUUCGGCGAUGAAAUCAGCAGUGAUGAAGAAGGUGAUCCCGUAGAUGCUAUAUGAUGCUUUAUAAAUAUCUUUUUUCCAUUUAGUACUGUCAAAAAAUUUAUCAUUCUCGUGUCAUAAAUCGGCGCCAUGUUUUACCGAAAUCUAUCGAAGUGUUACGAAUAUUCUAUGCAUGCGUAUGCCUUCUUUUCCGUCAUUUUGAGUAUCCCAUUUCUUUUG